UUCAGCUGGUCUUGUCGAAUAAUUCCAUAUACUAAUUCUCUAGUUAAAAAUAACAAUAACAAUAUCUUACGAAAUGAAUCGUCGAAGAACUAAGAUUCCUGAGGAUGGCGAAGCUAAGGAGAAUAUAAUUGUGAUAGAUUCCAGUGACGAGGCAUCCAGUUCCCGCAGAAAGUCUACCCGAUGCUCAACGGUUAAUAAGGAAGCCGCUGCAUCUCCUUCGGCGCAUCGAGUUAGGCAAAGUAUGCUAGUUGAUAAACAGGCACAUUCCGAUGACGAUUGUGACCGUCAGUUGGAACAAACGGAUCGAAGGCGAUCGACGCGACACCGAUCGCCUAGCAAACGUUACACACAGGAUUUCGUACAGGAAACCCGAAAAAAGUACACUCGGGCCGAUCAAAACGAAAGUGACCACGAAGGAAUCUCCUUGGAUUCGGAAGAUGAAAUUCAACUGAACGAGCUGGCUGGGAAAGUGAAAGCCACCACACUGUUCGAGGAUCGUGAGGACGUUGAGGGACAUCGCAUUUACGGUUUCAAAACGCCUAAGAAACGCGGCUCGAUGAAUGUGCUUGUUUCCAGUAUUCAACAGAAGACCCCAACGAGAACACCCAACCGUGGGGCAGUCAGUAAACUGGCGAUGACCCCGAAGACUCCCAGUGGUACGCCUUCGGCGGCUAAAAGGAAGAGCAUUGCCACAGCAAAAACCCCUCAUCGUGACCGGAACAAGCUUAAAAAGAAUAUUUCUAAAAUCGUUCGAGAUGAAUCCGGAUCGGACUUUUCAGCUAGUGAAAGUGAUUAUGUUCCAUCUUCCGAAGAAGAGGAUGACGAUCAUCAUCAGGAUGAUAAUACAGAUGGUGGCAGCACUGAGGAGGAAAGUUCAGAAGAGGAAGCGAAACCCAAACGUCCCGUAUUGAAAACGCCAUCGGCAAAGAUCGGCAUUGCUCCUGGAAAACCUGAUUCGAUUACCAGCAACCAAAAUCAGACGGAUGACCAGCGGAUUAGUAAUCGUACGCGGGCACGCGGCCGAAAAAACCCUGAUCUUCAGUACGUAUUACAGAGUGAUGAUUAUUUUGCCACUCACAGCAACUCGAAGGUGGUGACUUCGGAUCACACACUGGAUCGAUUAAACACCCCACGAUUGCCGCACGAUCAAUUAUUCCGCUUGCUCGGGGAAUUACGUAGUUCAACGGAACACGAAAAGUCUAUACAGGAACUGCACGAAGAAUACGAAAGCUACUUCAACAAGUGGCUGUUUCUAAUGAACGAAGGUUUCAACAUUCUCCUGUACGGUUUGGGUUCCAAACGAAAUUUACUUCAAGCAUUCCAUCGGAAAGUUCUCGCUAAUCAGCCCGUUAUUGUUAUAAAUGGAUUUUUUCCAACCCUGACGGUGAAAGACGUCCUGGAUGCCAUCACGGGAGACAUUUUAGAUCUGAAUAUUCACAGUAGCAACUUCCAUGAGUUGGUCGAUAUAAUCGAGGAAGAGUUUAGCUAUCUGCCGGACACGCAUCUGUUUCUGAUUGUACAUAACCUGGACGGAACGAUGCUGCGGAACAGCAAAGCACAGAACGUUUUAGCGCGGUUGGCCAAGAUCGAUAAUAUUCAUCUGUUGGCUUCUAUUGACCAUAUCAAUACUCCUUUGAUUUGGGACUCGUCCAAGUUGAGCUACUACAACUUCUCGUGGUGGGACGUGACCACGAUGCUGCCGUACUCGGACGAAACGGCGUUCGAGAAUUCGUUACUGGUGCAGAACUCCGGCGCAUUGGCCCUGUCUUCGAUGAAGAAUGUGUUCAAAUCGCUCACGACCAACUCGCGCGGGAUUUUCCUGGUCAUCGUUAAGCAUCAGCUGGCGAACAAGGGCAACCCGCACUAUCCGGGUAUGCUGUUUAAGGAUCUGUACGGAUGCUGCCGAGAGGCGUUCCUCGUCAGCACCGAUCUGGCACUUCGGGCCCAGCUGACCGAAUUCAUCGAUCACAAGCUGGUGCGGGUGAAACGAACCGUCGACGGGGCGGAAAAUCUACUAAUUCCGAUCGAGUCUGGCCUGUUGGAUCAGUUUUUGGAAGAAAAUGAUGGAUAGUGGUUUUGUUUUUGAA